AUGACUCGCCCAUGUUCCGGCAACAGGGAAGGGCUUGGAGAGGCAUAUGAUGGAGACAUUGCAUUUGCUAGUGCCCUUGAAAGUUUUGGAGGAGGACAUAGUGAUCCUCUAUUUGUAACUUUGGGAGGACCAGUUAUGACCAAAUUUGCUAUUGCUUUGAGAGAAAUCAGUACAUGCAAGGAACUUCUUCGGUCACAGGCGGAGCACAUGCUGAAUGAUCGAUUACUAAACAUUCUAAACGUCGAUAUCGUAGAUGUCAAGGAAGCUCGAAGGCGUUUUGAGAAAGCUUCCCUUGUACAUGAUCAGGCACGUGAGAAGUUUAUGUCACUGAGAAAAAGCACUAGGAUGGAUAUUGCCACUGUCUUGGAAGAGGAAUUGCACAAUGCAAGAACCUCAUUUGAGGAAUCUCGUUUCAAUCUGGUUAGUGCUCUUCACAAUGUUGAGGCCAAGAAGAGAUUUGAGUUUUUGGAGGCUGUCACUGGAGUUAUGGAUGCUCAUCUUCGGUAUUACCGACAGGGAUAUCAGCUAUUGCAUGAGCUUGAGCCUUUCAUUAUCGAGGUUUUGACUUAUACACAAAAGGCAAGAGAAAGCUACAAUGAGGAGCAGAUUAGUCUUUGUGAAAGAAUGCUGGAGUACAAAAAACAUGUUCAUCACGAAAGUAUGUUGUCCUUGAAUGGCCCUUAUAUUCCUCCUGGUGGUAGAGAUGGGAAUACAGUGCAGCCUUUUUCAAGGAUAUCAAAUGAAGUGGCAGAUGCUGUAACAGAAUCUGCUGAAAAUGGAAAGGUUCAGAUCAUUAGGCAAGGAUAUCUUUGUAAACGAUCUUCAAAUUUGAGGGGUGAUUGGAAGAGAAGGUAUUUUGUUCUUGAUAGUCGUGGAAUGCUUUACUACUUUCGUAAACCAUGGAAUGGAUUAAAUGGUAACAAUCAAUCCAUGCACAGAAAUUGUGCCACUGAUAACAGUGCUGGAAUUUUGAGUCGCCUGCUUUCUUCACAUUACCAUGGAGCUAUGCCUGAUGAAAAAUCUGUAGCACGUCACACAGUGAACCUGCUAACAUCAACAAUCAAAGCUGAUGCUGAACAGACAGAUUUAAGGUUCUGCUUCAGGAUUAUUUCACCGUCGAAGAGUUACACAUUGCAGGCAGAAAAUGCCAUGGAUCAGACGGAUUGGAUGGAAAAGAUAACUGGUGUAAUUGCCUCCUUGCUGACUACACAGACACUGGAUGAGCCAGAAAAUGGUCACAGUGCCAGCAAGCUUUAUUUAUUACCGGGUUGUCCAGAUGAUGAAGCAUGGAGUGGGGAUUCUAUGUCAUCUGAAGACUCGCAGAAGAAUAAGCAAAGUACAAAACAUGAAAAGCCAAUUGAUAUUCUUAGAAAAGUUAGUGGCAAUGACAAAUGUGCUGAUUGUGGUAAACCUGAUCCAGACUGGGCAUCCUUAAAUCUUGGCAUCCUCAUAUGCAUUGAAUGUUCCGGUGUCCACCGGAAUCUUGGUGUACAUAUAUCAAAAGUAAGAUCACUGACCCUUGAUGUAAAAGUAUGGGAUUCAGCUGUCUUGAGCAUGCUUCAGUCGCUAGGGAAUCACUUUGCAAACUCAGUUUGGGAGGAACUGUUGCAGUCAAAUACUUCACAAACAGAUGACACUCAUGAUGGAUCAUACAAACCACCCAAAAAGUUAUUUCAUGCAAGAAAACCAUCACAUGAUGAUCCUAUUUCACUGAAGGAGAGGUUCAUUCAUGCAAAGUAUGAUGCAAAAGUCUUUGUUAACCGGACAAGGAACAACAACCGUCACCUUUCAACGGCACGUGAGGUGGUAGAAAGCAUCAACGCCAACGACAAGAAAGCAGUGUAUCGACACAUUGUGAAAUCAGAUUUGGAUGUCAAUGCUAUCAGUAGUGAAGAAGGCUUUUCUUCCUACAUAGCUUCUUCAACUAACGAUCCAAACAAAUCACGUGAAAUCACAACCCAACCUGUGGGAGACAGACAUGAUGGUUUUACUGCGCUUCACCUGGCAUGCCUAAGUUGUGAUACUGCAAUGGUGGAGCUACUCCUACAGUAUGGGGCAGACUUGAAUGCUAUUGAUUCUAGAGGGAGGACACCACUAUAUUACUGCACUAAGAUAGGAAAGCAUGCAACUACAAAAGUGCUUAUUACAAGGGGGGCCAAUCCACUUGCCGUUGACAAAGAAGGCAACACUCCUUUUAAGCUUGCAACAGAACCUGAUACUGCUGGCAAAGAUACUCCUGCUCCUAACCAGGAAACGACAUGCCCUCAAAACUCACUAGAAACAUAA